UUUUCAUGUUUUGCCCAAAAUGAAAUAAAAAUUCAAAACUAGAAAAAUCCAAAAUCAAAAAGUCAUCCCCUCUUCUUCCUCUUUCUUUCCACCAAUUCACCUCUUUUUCUUCUUCCCACAAUUCUGUGUCAUCAGAAAAUCCUUUAGAUUUUUAUUGAAUUUUAAGAAUACAGAAAACCCACAUAAAAUCGAUGCCCGUAAAUAGAAACCCUAGCUUCGGUGCGCGUGUGAAUGUAUAGGAAAUUUGAAUUGGGGUAAUCGUUAGAAGUUUUUUUUCUGGGGAUCUUUGCAGAUCUGGUGCUGUUUAUCUGUUGGGUUUCUUGUGAAGAUGUUGUGUAUUUUUACUGGGGCUCUAUCGUGUGGGCAUGACUUUUGCAAACAUUUGUUCGAUGGAAGAUGACCUUGCUGAUGGAUAACAACAAAGAUAAUCCUUCCAGAGAGCGUGUUCAACAACUAUUCAACAAGAAUGUUGAGUUGGAGAACAAGCGAAGGAAAGCGGCGCAGGCAAGAAUCCCUUCAGAUCCUAACACAUGGCAGAAUAUGCGUGAAAAUUAUGAAGCAAUUCUCCUUGAAGACCAUGCUUUUUCUGAACAACACGAUAUAGAAUAUGCUCUAUGGCAAUUGCAUUAUAGGAGGAUUGAGGAGCUAAGGGCCCUCUUCAAUGCAGCAGCUCUAGCUUCGGCAGGAUCACCUGCAUCCCAAAAUGGUAAAGGGACAGUUCGUGCUGGACCUGAUCGACUUACAAAGAUUCGUUCGCAAUUUAAGACCUUCCUUUCCGAGGCUACUGGAUUUUAUCAUGAUUUGAUGUUGAAGAUAAGAUCUAAGUAUGGGCUCCCAUUGGGAUAUUCUUCUGAUGAUCCGGAAAAUCAGAUCCCAAUGUCAAAAGAUGGAAAUAAAUCUUCAGAGGGGAAAAAAGGCUUGAUGUCCUGUCAUCGUUGUUUAAUCUAUUUGGGUGAUCUCGCUCGUUACAAAAGCUUAUAUGGCGAAGGCGAUUCUAAAGCCCGGGAUUUUGCAGCUGCAUCAAGUUAUUACUUGCAAGCUUCCUCAAUAUGGCCUUCAAGUGGUAAUCCACAUCAUCAGCUUGCCAUACUGGCUGGAUAUUCGAAUGAUGAACUGCUGUCAAUAUAUCGCUAUUUUCGAAGUCUAGCAGUGGAUAUCCCAUUUGUUACUGCAAGAGACAACUUAAUCAUUGCAUUUGAGAAGAACCGUCAGAGUUAUUCCCAACUGCUUGGUGAUGGUAAAGCACCUGCUGUGAAGAUGCAACCUGCAAGAGUGCCUGGAAAGGGAAAGGGAAAAGGGGAGUUGAGGCCUGCUUUAAAGGAGAAUAAGUCGGUAGCUAGUGCAAUCAAGGAAAGAGCUCCAAAUAAGUCUGAACUCUUCAAAGCUUUUAUUACAAAAUUUGUUAGGUUGAAUGGCAUUCUCUUCACGCGCACAAGCCUGGAAAUCUUUCCCGAAGUGUUCUCUAUGGUUAAAAAUGAUUUAUUGGAACUACUUUCCAGUGGGCCAGAUGACGAGUUCAACUUUGGUUCAGAUGCUGCUGAAUGUAGACUUGCAGUCAUUAGAAUGAUUGCAGUUAUGAUAUUCACUGGUCAUAAUGUGAGCAGGGAAAGUGAAAACCAGUCCUAUGCUGAUAUUCUACAACGCUCUGUCCUGCUUCAAAAUGCUUUUACUGCUACAUUUGAAUUUGUGGGCUGCAUUCUUGAGCGGUGCAACCAGUUAGCUGAUCCCUCAUUAAGCUAUUUGCUACCUGGGAUUAUGGUGUUUGUGGAAUGGUUGGCGUGUCGUCAGGAUUUUGCUGUUGGCAGUGAAUUGGAGGAGAAACAAGUGAGUGCAAGAUCUUUUUUCUGGAACGAAUGCAUAAUGUUUCUGAAUAAGCUCUUGUCUAGUGGUUGUGUGUCAAUUACUGAAGAUGAAGACGAGACGUGUUUUUCAAAUAUGAGCAAGUAUGACGAAAGUGAAACUGCUAAUCGUCUUGCAUUACCUGAGGAUUUUGAGUUGAGAGGAUUCCAUCCUCUUCUUCCUGCCCAACUCAUCCUUGAUUUUUCAAGGAAGCACUUAUUUGGAGGUGAUGGAGGCAGCAGAGAGAGGAUUUCACGUGUAAAGAGGAUUAUAGCAGCUGGAAAGGCUCUUGCUAAUGUUGUCCGAGUUGGCCCGGAGGGAGUAUAUUUCGACGACAGGAUGAAAAAGUUUGUCUUUGGUGUUGAACCUCAGACUUCUGAUGAUCAUUUUCUCUCCAGUCAUUUGGAACCUAAUGUGAAUGAUAACUUGCUAGAUAUUUCAGCAGAAGGCCGAAUGGCUCUGGCUGCCUUGCCAAAGAUAGAGGUGGGUAUGGAAGCAGAGGAUGAAGAUGAGGUGAUAGUAUUUAAGCCUCCGACUACUGAAAGGCUUAUGGAUGAGUUUUCUUCAAAGUUGACUUCUCCAGAGAUUUUUGCUUCUGCCGGUGGGGCUAGCAAGGUUGAUUUUGGUAAUGAAAAGGGAUCUAUCUCCGCUGUGCAGGAUGGGUUUCUCUUGCAGAGUGCAUUGACUGCAGGCAAGAAAUCUUCUCCAACUGUUUUUAACACUGUUGCUAAUGGCACUUAUCAAUAUCAGCAACCUGUCCAACCUAGCACAUCGACGUGGUCAGCAAAACAAUUGCCUAUUGUGAAUGGCUUGGCCCAGUUGAACUUGAUGGAAAAUGGAUCCUCACUGAAGUCUGAUCUGCAAGAUAAGUUCGGAGUUUAUCAACAUGUGUCUGUUUCCAUGCCUUACCCCCAAUUUGUGAAUGCUGGUCCUAGCCAUAACUAUCCUGUUGUGAUUCCACAAGCUAGUGUGCCUUCUAAGUUUGAUUCCAUCAUACCUUCUGGAUCAUCCAUUGAUGGUCUGGCCGUCAAACCAUCAUUGGUCAUGCCACCUGGCUCAAAGAAGAAUCCAGUGAGUCGACCUGUUAGACACUUUGGUCCACCACCUGGUUUUGGUUCUGUUCCUUCCAAGGUUGUGGAUGAACCAUUGUUCAACAGCAUGCCCCAAAAUGAAACUUCAAUUCCUCAAAUAGAUGAUUACAGCUGGUUAGAUGGCUAUCAGCUGUCUUCAUCCAAUCAUGGUGUUGGGUUCAGUAAUUCUGCAAAUAUCAAUGUCUCAACGGGAAUUUCUACCUUCCCUUUCCCUGGGAAGCAGGUGCCGAUACAAGUGCAGAGUGAUAAUCAGAAAGGCUGGCAGGAGCAUCCCUUUUCGGAACAGAUGCUGCACUAUGAGGAGCAGCAUAGAGAACUUCAGAAAGGAAACCAACAGCAUGGCUUGCCGCAGCAGCAGUAUCAAGGACAGUCACUUUGGGAAGGUCGUUUCUUUGUGUGAGAUGAUUAAGGGAGCAUAGAUGACAAGCAGCAAAUGUUCGUGGCUGGGUGCUAUAUUUCGUCCGUCGCUGUUGGGAAAUGGCCAAUGUUAUUAAGUUUUUAAUGGAACAUUGUUGGUCUGGAGUGUUGCAGGCACCUGCUUUCAAAGAGGUCUCUUUCUCUCUCUCUCCCCCCCCCCCCCCACCCCCCCCAAUUCCAGAAUCUCUUCUCUGCAGUCUCCUUUUGAGAUUCGGGGAAUGACUUUUUAAAUUUUCUUGCAGCUUGUGCCGAGCUUGCCAGAUGGGUUGAAUGAAGCUUAUAAUUCAGUAAGUGAUGCAUGUGGAAAUCUUAUAAGCUUGAAUGCGUUCUCUGGUCGGAUCAGUUGGAUAAGCCUUCAGGGAUAUUUGGAUUAUGGUGGAUGGUGGUGGUCAUGUGGGUGGGAAUUUAAAGAAGUUCUAGCAAAUCCUAUAUCUUCAUGGCUGGUGAAGUUCUUUCAUCUGAAGCCUUCCGUGUGGUGUCUGCCAUGAAUGCCAUGAUGAGAGUUUCAAAAGCUAAAAUUUUAUAAUACAAGUCUCUGCAGUCGUCAGUAUGUCAACAAAAGCUCUGAAGUGGAAUUUGACGAUUCGUGGAGAUUUUCUUUGAUAAUUGAAGUUUGUCAUGGCUGAUAGAUUUUAAUAAGAUUGCGAUUAUAAACGCAAUAAGGUAUUUCAACCUUGGUGGUUGAUGGUUUUAUUACAAAAUCAAGACAUUAUAUGCUUAGGUGAUUGUUUUUUGUUAUGGUCAAGUACAUUGUGAUGCUAGUAAUUGAUGUUUGUUGAUGUC